AUGAAGGGGAUGCUGCUUCUGCUGGCCUUGCUGGUGACUGGGGAGCUGGGCUUCCAGACAACGGAAGCAUGCAUUCCUUUCUUUGAAGCCUUUGGGGCAAUGGCCAUUGGAAACAAGCAAAUAAUGAAUGCCGUUCUUACCAAGUUUGACGCUACUGAUGGUGAAAGAAAAGGUUUUGAAAAAAUCCAGGAAUGCUACAAUGAGGGAGGAUUGAAAGCCAAAUUCCUGGAUUCCACAGUUCUGAAAACCAUUACCCUCAGCCCACAAUGCAGGAAAUACUACACCAUAGAUACCAUAGAAAAAAUUAAGGCUCUUCUUUCCAAAUUUAACAUCCCGGGACAACGAUGA